GGGGGGGGCCGAGCGGCGAAGGGGGCAGGGCUGCUCGCCGCAGUCACCCUCACCCAUACCGCGCCGGGGAGGAGAGAAAAAGGCCCCGCUCCGGCGGAGGGAUACAGCGCUCCAUAUAUAGCGGCGCGGCGCAGGCUCACACCCCCAGCACUUCUCGCACCGCGCCGGGGAGGAGGCAGCAGCCGCCGCCGCUCGUGGUCGCGCAGUUCGUGCAGCCGCCGUCGGGCCCGCCGCCGCCGCGCCAUGGCUGACCAGCUGACUGAAGAGCAGAUUGCUGAAUUCAAGGAAGCCUUUUCCCUAUUUGACAAAGAUGGUGAUGGUACUAUCACAACAAAAGAACUGGGAACUGUCAUGAGGUCGCUGGGUCAAAAUCCAACAGAAGCAGAAUUGCAGGAUAUGAUCAACGAGGUAGAUGCUGAUGGUAAUGGCACUAUUGACUUUCCUGAAUUUUUAACCAUGAUGGCCAGAAAAAUGAAGGACACAGACAGCGAGGAAGAAAUCCGUGAGGCAUUCCGAGUCUUUGACAAGGAUGGCAAUGGCUAUAUCAGUGCAGCAGAGCUACGUCAUGUUAUGACAAACUUAGGAGAAAAGCUAACAGAUGAAGAAGUAGAUGAAAUGAUCAGAGAAGCAGACAUUGAUGGGGAUGGGCAAGUCAACUAUGAAGAAUUCGUACAGAUGAUGACUGCAAAGUGAAGAGACCUCCUUUACACCUUUUUUCCUCUAGAAGAAUCAAAUUGAAUCUUUUACUUACCUCUUGCAAAAAAAAGUUCAUUUAUUCAUUCUGUUUCUGUAUAGCAAAACUGAAUGUCAAAAUACCUUCUGUCCACAAACUGCAUGUAAUGGUUGGUGGUCCUGUUCCCAAAAGAUCAAGUUAAACAUCAGUUUUACAAUAUAAUUAAUUGUACUACCUUGAAAAUAAAUAAAUUAAAAAAAAAAAGGAAGCACUUAGUGAACUCGAAAGUUCCAUUUGCUAAUGACUAUUACACUGUUUGGGCUGGCCAGUUUUUCAUGCAUGCAGCUUGACAAUUGAGCACAGUCAGACAUUUGUAUUAAAAGGAAAAAAAAAAAAACAAAACUCAAAGAUCCACUCUUUUGUUCAACAGUGGAUUCUAGAUCAAUUUGUAGUAUAAAUUGUCAUAGCUGGUUUACUUUAAAAUUGGUUUAUACCUCAGGAUGGUAUACAGCAAAAAUGGUUGAAGGAUAUGAAACUUAGAGAAAAUGCCCAAAAGGUUGAAUGGUUCUCCUGUACGUAGCAGUGUGCUCCAAAAAUAUGAUGAUCUUAACUAUGGAUGGCAUGUCUGUGUUAAAAAAUAUUGGUUUAACAUUGUCUGCAUUGCACUAUAGUGAAACGGGUGUCGGGCUGUUACCGUUCACAAAAUUUUUAAAAGAAACCUUCACCAAGGGAGCAUCUUUGGACUCUCAUAUUUUUAAAACCUUCUGUACCAUGACUUGGAGCUGGCGGAGUAGCCUGUGGACUUCAGCACAACUAUCAACAUUGCUGUUCAAGAUAUUACAAUUUAUGUCCAUUCCAAGUUGUAAAUGCUAGUCUUUUUUUCCAAUAAAAGACCAUUAACUUAAAGGUGGUGUUAAAUGCUUUGUAAAGCUAAAAUAUAUAUAUAAUUGAGAUAACAAACCAAAAAAAGCAGUAGGAGGGAAGCGUUUCUAUGAAUGACUUGCUGCUAAAUUAUAAUGCACAUGUAUGCAAUAAGUUAUCCCCUAUCUCUUCAAGAUGGCAAGAACUGACCUCCUGUAACCCAAGACCUUUGCUAUAAAUAAAUGAACUUGUGCUUGCCUUUCAUAUUACGACAAUGUUAAUUUAGUUGGUCUUAAAGUCGUGUAAUGCUGACUCGUCAACUAUCAGCACAGAAGUAACACCUCAUUUCACUAAAGUGGAGAGCUCUCAGCAUGCAUGUCAAUACUGGGGGAAAUAUGGAUAGGUUGCUAUGUUUUUUUUGACAGGUUAUAGAAACUAGUUGGAGCACUAGAACAGCAUGGGCUUCAUAGAGAUCUGUGAUUAUCAAACAUGCCAAAAAUGCAUUUCUCUACCCACAGGAAGAAAAGAAAUGAACUUCUUACAAUAUGCUUAAAAGAAAUAAGCCUUUUUGGAAACUGGGGCUAUUAUGUCUUGACUAUCUUCUCAAACACUUGCAUGAAUUUUAUGGGGUGGAGAAGAGGACUAGGGUUAAUUUUAAAGGUCUUGUUACUUCUGCUUUGCAUGCACUAGCAAUGCUUAGUCAUUCCAGGUCUUUGAGUAAGUGUUCUCUGAUCCUUCAGCUUCCCCAUGAAUGAGUGGCAAAGCAGCUGUGCCCGCUCUUCUUUGUUUGAAAGAAGAAUGUUUGGUUUUUUUUAAGUAGCAGAGCCUCCAUGUGGAAGGCUAUCAGUGCUUGGGAGGGAGGGACUACAGCUUCAUUAUUUGAUUAAGUUUGUUUCCAAAUGUAAUUGGAGUUGCAAACCUGAAUUGCUUAAUUGCCUUUGGUUUUGGAGAGUGCUGAUACUAUCUCUUGAGAGAGAUGUGAGUCUCCAGUAGUCCUGUCUAACUGAGGUGCCUGUGUUAAGAACUUGGUUGGAAAUGCAGCCUCACUCAGUGGGGGUAAAGAGACACCUCCAGGAGGCAAUUAAGACUGUCUGCCUUCAGCGAUUCUUGGUUUUUUUUGGGGGGUGGUUCUGGGGGUUCUGGGUGACCAGGUACCUAGAUAACUUAACCAAGUGCCUGAAAGUUAGAUGGGUUGAAUCUAGGCAGUAGUGUAGAUCUCUAGUUGUAAAGGCUAUUGCUACGGCUGCAUAUGCCGUCAUAACAAACCAGCUGCUGUGAUGAAAAUGCCUGACUACCAUUUGGGAAGUAAAGCCUUGCAUGGCAGCUGCAAACUGCUGCUUUAGGUAGUGCUUGAGAAGGGCUGCGCUGAUUCUGCAGACUGGCUUUUAAAGAGAUGGACUCAAGAGGCAGGCAAGGUAGGAGCAAUGGUUGCUGCUCUGAGCAAAUUACUUCUGCCUGAGUGUGCAGAGAGAUCUUGUCUAGUAGGUAAAUACUUCUUACCAUCUAUCUGUCAUUCACUCAUGGUUGGUAGGGUAGUUCAUUUAAGAACAGCUGCUUUUAGCUUAUUCAGUGUGCUCUGUGCUUGCUAGCAGAGACCUCAUUCCUGCAAGAGGUUCUUGGCUUGAUUAGAAAUUGUCUGGCAGCGUGCAGUGUUGGUAUGCCCUGUAACUGAAUCUGCCUGGAGGUAUCUAAUUAACUGACUUCAGUACCACAUCAACCUCGAGUAAAUGUAUCCUCUGUACAGGACUUUAGCUCUGUUCCUUUCUGCAUAGUGAAUAUCUAGAGAAGUGUCAUCAAGGACUUUUUUUUUGUGUGCGUGUGUGCGUGUGGCUUUGGCUUUUUCCAAAUGUGAACGUGUGGGCUGGAUACACUUGGUGCAUGGCUUAGAAACAUGGGACUGGAAAGAACUUCCUGGGUCAUCAGAUCCAGUCCCCUGCUAUUGCAGGCAACCGUGUCAUAUAAUCCUUUUAAUAAACUGAUCAAGCUUAACCACCUGCUUGUAAGUGGCUUGUUUUCAUGGAAGUUCUGUAACUCAUGUUGCUCUCAACUGAUGCAAAUAAUAUAUGAAAUAUGAAGUUAAUCAAAAGGUCCUCCAGCUUAGCUUCAGAUUUGUCAUUACACUUAUUUAACUAUCUUUCUCAAAACAUGUUUUUCUUUGCACAACACUCAGGAAAGUGUUGAAUCUUUACACCCCCUUGUUAUGAAUAAGAGUUGGUGUGCUUGCUUAUUUUUUUUAAUGGAAAAGAUGGAUGUCUGGCUUGUUGAAACUUGUUAGAUGUGUUAAUUGUCAAGGCAAGAAACAAUUGAGUUGUAUUUGAUACAUAAAUUUAAGGCUAGAGUAUACAUAACCAUUUUUAAAAUACAUCAACUUGCAGUGUAGUUUUAUAUUUAAUACUGAAAUUGUACUGCUAAAGUUUAAACUGCUGUUAAUCAUAUUCCUCUUCUGAUCAUAAUGAAAAAAUAAAGGGUAAGACAAUGCUUAACAUA